UUGAACUCCUGACCUUGAGCGAUCUGCCCGCCUUGGCCUUCCAGAGUGCUAGGAUUACAGGCAUGAGCCAGGCGCGGCCCUGGAUUAAGAUCUUGAAUUGAAAUUACAGCAGUACAAAUUGGGAUCCAGUUGUGGUGAGCCCUGAAUGCCUGGAUAAAGGAGUGUAUACUUUAUGGUAGAUCUAUUGAAAAAUUUGCUUUGGGGAAUGACAUAUGUGACAUGCUUAUUUACCCCCUAUAAUUCUUAAGAAAGAUUAUGAAAAUAAUAUAUGCUUAUUAAGUGUACUUAAAACACCACUACUUUUGAGACUGUAUUGCAUAGGGUUUAAGAGUAGUAGAGAUUCUAGAAUCAUACCACUUUGGUUUGAUGCACUUAAACCAGGUUGGAUUACAGUGUAAACUUCGGCAAAUUAUUUACCUUUUUGUGCUUUAGUCUCUUGGUCUGAAAAAUGGAGAUGAUAAUAGAGCCUAAUUCAUAGGGUGGUUUUGAGAAUAUAUUAAGUUAAUUUGUGUAAUUCUUAGUAAGCUCUACAGCUGUUCCUGCUAUAGUUGUUUCUGGAAAAAAGUAAGUCUCUGAUUCCCAUCUACUUCUAAGUUCUCUCGUAUGUUAAAGUGAUCACUAUUUAUAGUUUAUGUAUUUUUCCUGAAGUAUUUUAUGUAAAUAAUGUAAAAGUUUCCUUAACCUUUAUUUAAUCAACCUGCAGGAUUAAUAUUCCUUAUUUUAAAAAUACUAAUAUUCAUGCAUAUUCAGUGAACGUGAACUACUCUGUGUUGCUUCCAUCAAUUAGUUGAAUGCUCCUCGGAGCCAUGUUUGUUCCCAAAUUGGCUAAUUCCAUUGUACUUGUAUUGUGUUUAUAUUAUUUGAGUAAAUAUUAUAUAGACCAAUAUAAAUGAGUGUGAAGAGAGAAUUGUUUAAGUAAAAACUAAGUUAAAUGCUUUGGAAAGCUUGAUGUAGGCAAAUAAAUUGCUGAAGAAAAUUGUAGUCAAGUGAAUUAUGGGCAAGAUAACUGAAAGAUUAUUGGGAAAAGUAAUAAAAAUUUAGAAGAAAAGCUGCAUUCAUACUGCUCCAUAGUCUAGGUGAUUUCUUACCUUGAAAUAAAAAUUAAAACCAAAAACAAUAGAUAGUGCAUUAUUGAUAUGGUUUAUACAGGGAUAAGAAUCCAGGAUCCUAGUCAGAUGAGCCAUACUCAAAGAAUACAUUUUGGUUUUACACCAAAAACUUCAUAAUGGUAUUUUAAAUUAAAAAUACAAUGUUUAAGAUAUGUAUUAUUUUCAUAAUUCUCCAUGUUAACUAACUUUGAUGAACUCAAACUUGUAGGCCCGGUUGUGUAUAUGUAAAUUCAGAUUUCUUUUUCUGAAAGAAGAUGGAUUCUGCCAUAACUAUUUUUUUCAUUUUAGUAUUUUGGAAUUCAAAAAUGCGAUUUCAGAAUCUGACUCUAGUUUGUCCAGUGGGGUUUAUAGAACUCUGCUUGAUGAAAUGACAGAUUUCAAGUGCUUCUGGAACUGGAACUUACUAUAAUCCAAAAACUUUUGUUAUCUUGUGAGAUUUAAAUUGUACUUUUUUUAAGUGCAUACUUAAGAUGGAUAGAAAUUGUACCCUUCCUAAGGACCUUUUGAACUGUGAUGAUAUUAUAAGUUAGAUUCAUUUAGUGACAAAUGAUUGAAUGUCUUCUUUGUAAAAGCAUCAUAAGAACUAUCAGUUUGGGCUUGUUGAUCUUGCACAUACUGCUUUCUAAGAGAAGUAACUGAUGAUUGAGUUGGCUGUUAUCACUGGGGUAAGAUUGUGUGGUUUUCAAAUUUAAGCCCGUAAUUAGUAUGUUGUAACCUAGUUGCUGUGUGUUAGCAUUAGUCUGUUAGCUAAUCUAUCAAUUGCUUUAUCUUUGAAUUCUAAGUUAAAACUGGCAGAUCUUGUGGAAAUGUAUGUUUGUGCCAAAAGACAAAUGCUUUUCUAUUGUGUAAUUGCUUUAAGGAUAACUGAGAAUCUGGAAUGUUUAUCAUUUAAAUUUGAUCUAGGGUGAUUAUGGAAGAUGUAUUUAAAAACAGAUUCUGUUGGCAUGGGCUAAAAUAUCACUUAUGAGAGUUUAAAAUUUAUACCUCUUACCUCCUGUAGUAAAUAGUUUAUUAAAGAUUUUGGGGAAAAUAUUCCUACUUCAAUCCACAACUUCACAUAGCAAUUUCUUCAUGUUGAAGUGGCUUUUAUAAAUAAGAGUGGCUCAUCAACUCAGUAAAUGUGGGUUAUUUUUCAUUUAUAUAUUAUUUCUUCACAGAAAGGUCUUUACAAUGAAGUUUGAAAGUGAAAAUGGGUAUAGCCUAUUUCAUAGCAAAUGUCUUAGUCCCUUAUAGGACUCAUUGUAUCUACCAACUUCAUUCUUGACAUUAGUUUUUUCCUUUAUUCUAAAUUUCUCAGUGAUUAUAAGCCUUAUUCAAGACAGGCUACUCUCAUAGUUAAUAAAGUUUGCAUAUCUUGAGUAUUUUUUCUAAUUAAUUUUGAGAGUAAAGUACAUAGACAGUUUUUUUUUCCUAAGCUUCAACUUUAUAGUUGUAAUAUACUAGUCUUUUUCCAUUUCUAGGUUUUUGUUUUUGUUUUUCUAUUUAUAUUAAUGUAUGAAGAGGAGGAAGCUGAUCAUUGGAUACUGGUUUGUGGAUGCACUUAGAUGUUUGCAAUGAGCACUGUGGCUGGCAUGCCCCAGUGUUUUGGAUACCAAUGCAUAGGACUCCAUAGUAAUCGAAUUUACCAGAGGCGAACGUCAUGAGCAUAGUGAUCCCAUUGGGGGUUGAUACAGCAGAAACGUCAUACUUGGAAAUGGCUGCAGGCUCAGAACCAGAAUCCGUAGAAGCUAGCCCUGUGGUAGUUGAGAAAUCCAACAGUUAUCCCCACCAGUUAUAUACCAGCAGCUCGCAUCAUUCACAUAGUUACAUUGGUUUGCCCUAUGCGGACCAUAAUUAUGGUGCUCGUCCUCCUCCAACACCUCCGGCUUCCCCUCCUCCAUCAGUUCUUAUUAGCAAAAACGAAGUAGGCAUAUUUACUACUCCUAAUUUUGAUGAAACUUCCAGUGCUACUACAAUCAGCACAUCUGAGGAUGGAAGUUAUGGUACUGACGUAACCAGGUGCAUAUGUGGUUUUACACAUGAUGAUGGAUACAUGAUCUGUUGUGACAAAUGCAGUGUUUGGCAACAUAUUGACUGCAUGGGGAUUGACAGGCAGCAUAUUCCUGAUACAUAUCUUUGUGAACGUUGUCAGCCUAGGAGUUUGGAUAAAGAGAGGGCAGUGCUACUACAACGCCGGAAAAGGGAAAAUAUGUCAGAUGGUGAUACCAGUGCAACUGAGAGUGGUGAUGAGGUUCCUGUGGAAUUAUAUACUGCAUUUCAGCAUACUCCAACAUCGAUUACUUUAACUGCUUCAAGAGUUUCCAAGGUUAAUGAUAAAAGAAGGAAAAAAAGUGGGGAGAAAGAACAAAACAUUUCAAAAUGUAAAAAAGCCUUUCGUGAAGGAUCUAGGAAGUCAUCAAGAGUUAAGGGUUCAGCUCCAGAGAUUGAUCCUUCAUCUGAUGGUUCAAAUUUUGGAUGGGAGACAAAAAUCAAAGCAUGGAUGGAUCGCUAUGAAGAGGCAAAUAAUAACCAGUAUAGUGAGGGUGUUCAGAGGGAGGCACAAAGAAUAGCUCUGAGAUUAGGCAAUGGAAAUGACAAAAAAGAGAUGAAUAAAUCAGAUUUGAAUACCAACAGUUUGCUCUUCAAACCUCCUGUAGAGAGCCAUAUACAAAAGAAUAAGAAGAUUCUGAAAUCUGCAAAAGAUUUGCCUCCUGAUGCACUCAUCAUUGAAUAUAGAGGGAAGUUUAUGCUGCGAGAACAGUUUGAAGCAAAUGGAUAUUUCUUUAAAAGACCAUAUCCUUUUGUUUUAUUCUACUCUAAAUUUCAUGGGCUGGAAAUGUGUGUUGAUGCAAGGACUUUUGGGAAUGAGGCUCGAUUCAUCAGGCGUUCUUGUACACCCAAUGCAGAGGUGAGGCAUGAAAUCGAAGAUGGAACCAUACAUCUGUACAUUUAUUCUAUACAAAGUAUUCCCAAAGGAACUGAAAUUACUAUUGCCUUUGAUUUUGACUAUGGGAAUUGUAAGUACAAGGUGGAUUGUGCAUGCCUCAAAGAAAAUCCAGAAUGCCCUGUUCUUAAACGUAGUUCUGAAUCCACGGAAAACAUAAAUAGUGGUUAUGAAACCAGAAGGAAAAAAGGAAAAAAAGACAAAGAUAUUUCAAAAGAAAAAGAUACACAAAAUCAGAAUAUUACUUUGGAUUGUGAAGGAACAACCAACAAAAUAAAAAGCCCAGAAACUAAACAGAGAAAGCUUUCUCCAUUGAGACUAUCAGUAUCAAAUAAUCAGGAACCAGAUUUUAUUGAUGAUAUAGAAGAAAAAACUCCUAUUAGUAAUGAAGUAGAAAUGGAAUCAGAAGAGCAGAUUGCAGAAAGGAAAAGGAAGAUGACAAGAGAAGAAAGAAAAAUGGAAGCAAUUUUGCAAGCUUUUGCCAGACUUGAAAAAAGAGAAAAAAGAAGAGAACAAGCCUUGGAAAGGAUCAGCACAGCUAAAACUGAAGUUAAAACUGAAUGUAAAGAUGCACAGAUUGUCAGUGAUGCUGAAGUUAUUCAGGAACAAGCAAAAGAAGAAACUGCUAGCAAGCCAACUCCUGCCAAAGUAAAUAGAACUAAACAGAGAAAAAGUUUUUCUCGAAGUAGGACUCACAUUGGACAGCAGCGUCGGAGACACAGAACUGUCAGCAUGUGUUCGGAUAUCCAGCCAUCUUCUCCUGAUAUAGAAGUUACUUCACAACAGAAUGAUAUUGAAAAUACUGUACUUACAAUAGAACCAGAAACUGAAACUGCACUAUCAGAAAUAAUUACUGAAACUGAAGUUCCAGCACUUAAUAAAUGUCCUACAAAGUACCCCAAAACAAAGAAGCACUUGGUGAAUGAAUGGUUAAGUGAGAAGAAUGAGAAGACGGGAAAACCUUCAGAAAGCCUUUCAGAAAGGCCUCUGCGCAUAACUACAGAUCCUGAAGUGUUAGCUACACAGCUCAAUUCUUUACCAGGUCUCACUUACAGCCCCCAUGUAUACUCUACCCCUAAACAUUAUAUUAGAUUUACUUCACCAUUCCUUUCAGAAAAAAGGAGAAGAAAAGAACCUACUGAAAACAUUUCUGGCUCAUGCAAGAAGAGAUGGUUGAAACAAGCUCUGGAAGAAGAAAAUUCAGCAAUUUUACAUAGAUUUAAUUCACCCUGUCAAGAAAGAUCCAGAAGUCCUACAGUCAAUGGUGAAAAUAAAAGUCCACUACUAUUAAAUGACAGCUGUUCCCUUCCAGAUUUAACUACACCACUAAAAAAACGAAGACUUUAUCACUUGCUAGAUUCUGUUUACUCAGAAACCUCCACACCUACUCCUUCACCGUAUGCUACACCAACUCACACAGAUAUUACUCCUAUGGAUCCAUCAUUUGCCACUCCUCCACGGAUAAAAUCAGAUGAUGAAACUUGUAGAAAUGGUUAUAAACCCAUAUAUUCACCAGUUACCCCAGUAACUCCUGGUACACCAGGAAAUACCAUGCACUUUGAGAAUAUUUCUUCCCCAGAAAGUUCUCCAGAAAUAAAGAGACGCACUUACAGUCAAGAGGCAUAUGACAGAUCGUCAACUGUGUUAACAUUGGGGCCUUUUAGAAAUUCCAAUUUAACCGAACUGGGUCUGCAAGAAAUAAAGACUAUUGGUUAUACCAGCCCUAGAAGUAGGACUGAAGUCAGCAGGCAGUGCCCUGGAGAAAAGGAACCUGGGUCAGAUCUUCAACUGGGACUCGAUGCAGUCGAGCCAACUGCCUUACAUAAAACCAUGGAAACGCCUGCACAUGACAGGACUGAGCCUAAUAGCCAACUGGACUCGACUCACUCUGGACGGGGCACAAUAUAUUCUUCCUGGGUAAAGAGUCCUGACAGAACAGGCGUUAACUUCUCAGUGAACUCCAACUUGAGGGAUCUGACACCCUCGCAUCAGUUGGAGGUUGGAGGAGGCUUCCGAAUAAGUGAGUCAAAGUGCCUGAUGCAGGAUGAUACUAGAGGCAUGUUUAUGGAAACAACUGUGUUUUGUACUUCCGAAGAUGGGCUUGUAUCUGGUUUCGGACGGACUGUUAAUGACAAUUUGAUCGACGGGAGUUGCACACCCCAGAAUCCACCACAAAAGAAAAAGGUAUCUCUGUUAGAAUACCGUAAGAGACAACGUGAAGCUAGGAAAAGUGGCUCUAAGACAGAAAACUUUCCACUGGUUAGUGUAUCACCUCAUGCAAGUGGAAACUUGAGCAGCAAUGGUGAUGGGUGUGCCAACAGUAGUGAAAAUGGGGAGCAGGUAGAAAACACUGCUAGCCUACCGUUACCAACACCAGCUACAGUUUAUAAUGCUACUUCUGAAGAAACCAGCAAUAACUGUCCUGUUAAGGAAGCUACUGCCAGUGAGAAGAAUGAACCAGAAGUUCAAUGGACUGCCUCAACUUCUGUGGAACAAGUGAGAGAAAGGAGUUAUCAGAGAGCUUUACUUCUCAGUGAUCACCGAAAAGAUAAAGAUGGUGGGGGAGAAUCACCAUGUGUCUCAUGUUCACCGAGUCAUAUUCAGUCUUCACCUUCAUCUCAUUCAAAUCACAUUCCCCAGUUGCAAGCUAAGGGCCCAGUCCCUUCAUUCAGUGAACUUAUGGAAGACCAUGAUCCUGAAAAUCCAGAACCCAUGACUACAAGUGAAUGUCCAUCCCCGGAUACUUCUCAAAAUACCUGUAAAAGCCCUUCAAAAAUGAGCAAGCCUGGUUCACCAGGACCUGUACUUCCUGCGCAAGCACAUGGGAAAAUACUCACAAAACCAGAUUCCCAUUGGGAGGCAACAGUCAUUGUAUCAGAAGCUGAGAACAGUGUCCACCUAAAACCAGAGCUCCAACAAAAACAGCUAUCAAAUAACCCCCAAGCACUUUCAAAGAAUCAUCCUCCUCAGCCACAUGUUCGCAAUUCAUCUGAGCAACUUUCACAGAAGCUGCCUUCUGCACCAGCCAAGCUGCACUGUCCUCCAUCACCUCACGUAGAAAAUCCUCCAAAGUCAUCUACGCCCCACACACCUGUACAGCAUGGUUAUCUGUCACCAAAGCCUCCUUCACAGCAGCUAGGAUCUCCCUAUAGGCCUCACCAUUCACAGUCACCUCAAGUUGGAACACCCCAGCGAGAGCCUCAGAGAAACUUUUAUCCAGCAACACAGAACCUUCAAGCCAAUACUCAGCAGGCAACUUCUGGAGCAUUAUUUACACAGACACCCUCAGGACAAUCUUCAACAACAUACAGUCAGUUUAACCAACAAAGUCUGAACAGCACGGCCCCACCCCCUCCACCCCCUCCGCCUCCCUCCUCUUCGUCUUAUUAUCAAAACCAGCAGCCCUCUGCAAACUUUCAAAAUUAUAAUCAGCUCAAAGGUAGUCUUUCUCAACAAACUGUGUUUACAUCAGGACCAAAUCAAGCACUUCCUGGCACCACAAGCCAGCAAACAGUUCCAGGACACCAUGUUACUCCAGCGCAUUUUUUGCCCUCUCAGAACCCUACUAUUCACCAUCAAACCUCUGCUGCUGUCCCACCCCCUCCUCCUCCUCCUCCUGCUCCAGGACCACACCUUGUACAACAGCCGACUUCCCAUCAGCAACACUCUGUAGCACAUGUAGUGGGGCCUGUUCAUGCUGUCACUCCUGGGUCACAUAUUCAUUCUCAAACUGCUGGACACCAUUUGCCACCACCUCCUCCCCCUCCUGGUCCUGCCCCUCAUCACCACCCCCCACCCCAUCCUUCCACAGGACUCCAAGGUCUACAAGCACAACACCAGCAUGUUGUAAAUUCAGCACCCCCACCUCCCCCUCCGCCACCACCUUCCGGUGUUUUGGCUUCUGGGCACCACACCACAUCGGGUCAAGCCUUACACCACCCACCUCAUCAAGGACCUCCACUUUUUCCUUCAAGUGCUCAUCCAGCUGUACCACCGUAUCCCUCACAAGCUACACAUCACACCACUUUGGGACCGGGACCCCAGCACCAGCCUUCUGGAACAGGGCCACAUUGUCCAUUACCUGUUGCAGGUCCUCAUCUCCAGCCCCAAGGACUAAACAGUAUUCCAACACCUACUGCUUCAGGGUUCUGUCCUCAUCCUGGCUCUGUGGCCCUGCCACAUGGGGUUCAAGGACCUCAGCAGGCAUCUCCAGUGCCUGGACAGAUUCCAAUUCACAGAGCACAGGUGCCACCAACAUUUCAGAACAAUUACCAUGGUUCAGGGUGGCAUUAAAAUGGACUCCAAAAACAUUUUUUUAAAUGUUCUGUAAGAUAAACUGUAUAUUUCAUAUGUACCUGUUAAGGUACUUUUUAAAGCUUGUACAUGAAACUUUGUAUAAAAAAACACCAGUGCUCUUUCAUUGUAUUUUUUCCCAUUUUUGCUUUUUAAAAUUCCUUUCAAAAUGUGCUGUUAAGCCAGUAUUAGGUAUCUUUAUUUUGUAAGUGAACAUUCCAGCAGUUUUUCUGGCAGUAGAUUUGAUGCUACAUGAUCUUUAAAUUUUAUUGUUGCAGUUAAAUUCCUUUAGUGAAUGUUUUCUAUAUUAUUUUAUACAUAUGCAUUAAGUACACAGCUAAGUAUUGGCACUAUGAGGAUUUUCAUUUUUUUUUUUUUUUCUGUCAGCAGUUCUGUGAGUGCAUCUUAGGUAUAAAAACGCAAUACAGAUUUUUAUAGUUUGGUGUGGACAUGGCUCAUUUUGUUUUAUUGGUUAAUUGCAAGCAAAAUGUAAUUUAAUGUAUAGAUGAUUUCUAAUGUCUCCUGACAAACUGUAAAUACUGCAUUUCUUUUGCGUAUAUAAUUGCUUACAGCUUUUCUCAUUUGAUAUAUAAGCAUUGUACAUAUGACAAGUCUUUUGCAAAACUGUGUGAUCUUUGUGAAAGUAGUACAGUAUAUGACAUUUAAUUUCUUUUUUAUUUUAAAUAUACUGUCACAUUGAAGCACUGGUUGGGCAUUUUAAUUCAUGUUAAUAAAUCACAAUUAUGUCAGUUUUA